GCUUCCCAAACGCAGUGUGUUGCACGAACAAACAUGGCGGCCUCUAUAUUUUCAUCAAUAUGCUUCUCUCCACACGCUCUAGCUCGUUCUAAUAACACUCGACACUCUCGCAAAUCCAGUAACAGAAAGCUCUUUAAAAACCCUAACCCUAAACAUGAACUCAGAACCCGAACCACCUCUCACAAAUUCCCUCCACCGUCGCUGUCUUCCGUCUCCGGCGGCGACGCCACCACCUUCACUCGCCUCCCUCCCAAAGAUGACUUCUUUCUCCCUUCCUUCGAUACGGCGCACCAAUCCUCAACUGAGGUCAAGCUCUCCGAGUCCACCAUCACAAUGUCCUCCUCCAAUUCAAAGCCAUUGAAAAACAAAUUUGAGAUUGAAAACGAUGGAUUAAGCACAGAAGAAGAAAAACUUGAGUUUGAUUAUGGUAAAUUUGAGUUAUUUGAGGUGAACUCCGAUUCUGAUGACGAAAGUGAUGAGGAUUUCAAUGACGACGUCGAAGAUGAUGGUAUAUUAGGGUUUAAUAGCGUAGAAUCUGAGAAUGUGUUUGAUGGAGAAGAGGAAGAAGUGAAGGAGAAAGAGAAAGGAGUUCCGGCAGUGAUGAGAUGUUUCGACCGGGCGAAAAUUUAUGUAAAAGCAGGAGAUGGAGGGAAUGGCGUGGUGGCAUUUCGGCGUGAGAAGUAUGUUCCAUUGGGAGGGCCAUCAGGUGGGGACGGUGGAAGGGGUGGGAAUGUGUAUGUCCAAGUUGAGGGGACGAUGAAUUCUUUAUUGCCGUUUCGACAAAAGAUUCACUUUCGAGCUGGGAGAGGACACCAUGGGAGGGGGCAGAAGCAGUAUGGGGCGAAAGGAGAGAAUGUUGUGGUGAAGGUGCCGCCAGGGACAGUUAUUAGGGAGGCUGUUAAAGAUGGUGUGCAGGGAGAAGUGCUAUUGGAGUUGUUGUAUCCAGGGCAGAGGGCAUUAUUGUUGGCAGGUGGAAGAGGUGGUAGAGGCAAUGCAUCUUUUAAGUCAGGGACAAAUAGGGUGCCAAAAAUUGCGGAGAAUGGAGAGGAGGGUCCAGAAAUGUGGUUGGAGCUAGAGCUCAAGUUGGUUGCAGAUGUUGGAAUAGUGGGCGCUCCAAAUGCAGGAAAAAGCACGCUUCUGAGCGUCAUUAGUGCUGCUCAGCCAACAAUUGCGAAUUACCCCUUUACAACUUUACUUCCUAAUCUUGGUGUGGUUUCAUUUGACUAUGAUGCUACAAUGGUAGUGGCAGAUCUGCCAGGUUUACUUGAAGGUGCACACCGUGGUUUUGGUUUAGGCCAUGAGUUUCUUCGGCACACUGAAAGAUGUUCUGCUUUGGUACAUAUUGUUGAUGGCUCGUCACAACAACCAGAAUAUGAGUUUGAUGCAGUUCGUCUUGAGCUGGAAAUGUUUAGUCCUGAAAUUGCUGAAAAGCCUUAUCUUGUUGCUUUCAACAAAAUGGAUCUUCCAGAGGCAUCUGAAAAGUGGGCAUCAUUCAAGGAAAGGCUGCAUGCUCGUGGAAUUGAACCUUUCUGCAUUAGUGCCGUGAAAAGAGAGGGCACUUAUGAAGUGAUCUGCGCUGCCUAUGAGCUUGUGCGAAAAGGAAUUCAAGCCAAUAAGGAAGAUUGGAGAGAUCCUGGAAAUUUGAACCAUGUGGCUGAAAUGGUACAAAAGCAGCGUACUGCUCCUAUUAAUGAGUUUGAGAUCUCUCACGACAGUAGUUCCAGUACAUGGCAUGUAGUUGGAUCAGGGUUGCAACGUUUUGUUCAAAUGACGAACUGGAGAUAUAUAGAUUCCGGGAGAAGGUUCCAACAUGUUCUGGAUGCAUGUGGUGUGAACAAGUCUCUCAUCAAACUCGGUGUCAAGGAGGGUGACACUGUCAUAGUUGGGGAGAUGGAGAUGGUGUGGCAUGACGCUAAAGACGGUUCCUCUGGUCCUUCGAAUACGAGGAGGAGAUGGUUGGCAGAUUCAAUGAAAUAGCUGCAGUGACAUAAUAAACCUAUGUUCUUCCAGAGCUAAUUUGUUGCUUAUGAUGAUAAUGUAUGGUAUGGCUUAUUCACAUUCUUCCUUUUUAGAAUCAUAGUCAUGAGAGCUGAUGUGAAAAAUGUAGCAAUCAUAUGUUAGUUUAGUGGUUGUACCAUACAAGAUCAUCUUAUUUUGUAACUGUACUAAGUGAGUUAAUGGAUCAUUUUUUAAAUAAAUAAAUAAAUUAUAUAUGUUGUUUGGAAAUUAAA